CUCAUACAUCACUGUGGUCAUCGUAUGAAUUUUGCCAUUAUUUUGGAGGUCUCAUUUCCCUGUGGGAGAGCCCUUCAGCGGAAGAACACCCUCCAACCCAGUCGGGCAGCACGCGUUCAUGUUAGCCAGAACCCAUUGGCUCCCGCAACGCUGAUCCUGCGAUCGUCCUCGAAUGCGUCACGCGUAGAACUGCCCGCUCGGACGCUGUCCAUGAUGAUCCCCACACCAAGCCAUCUGAUGCCGCCUGGACGAACAAGCAAGUACGAACUUCGUACUGGAGCUUGAUCCAGUAUCCAUCACAAGGUCUCCUGUAAACCCGCCAUCUCCAAUCCAGCAGAGAGUUGUAUGGCGAUAGCCCUCAGCUAUUCUUAGACCGCGGGAGGCUUUCGACAUUGGGCGGAGUGUUUCGGCCGAUUGGAGCUUUGGUGA